ACCGCCCGUCUGUUGGCGUCACCCUAGUUGUUUAUCAUGCCAAGCGUUUGUUUUGUAAGCGUUCGGUUGGGGCGAACUGGCGCUGAACAAUCAUGUUAGCAAAAUACUAUCAAUAAUAUCUAAGAAAUAACUUUCAACUUAAGGUUUUGACUAACGAAAAUGGUCAACCUCGGUCUCACUCGUGUGGACGACGAGCUGUUAGCAAAACAUCCGGGUUUAGAAAAUUAUGCCGCUUGUCAGUCUCACGCCUUCAUGAAGGGGACUGGAAGCUUUGUGCUUGAUGGUCAACCUUCCUUCACAGGUGCCGCCGGCCUUUUCGCGCUCCAGAAGGUUCUCCAGAAGCGACUCGCUUAUCCUCUGCAGUGGAACUUGCUCGUUUCCAUCGUGAUGUCAUCGGUGGGCAGCUAUGCGGUGACGCGGUGGGAAACGCAGAAAUGCUCUGACUUGUGGUUGCUACUCGAAACCGGCAAAAUCCCAGACAGGUCGCCGCCACCGGUGCCCAGAACGGAGGAACCGUCCGGGCCCGGCAAGACAAAAUAUGGCGACGUGAUGGAUUGAAAGCUUUUAAAAAGGACAGUGGAACACGUCUGUUGCUGGACUACCUCCAAAUACAUUUUUUUUUUCAAUAGAAUAUAUCAUACAUAAACAAAUAAGAUGUCCCGUAGACAAACUGCAGACACAGAAACUCUUUCUUAAAUGUACAUCCAAUGUUUAAAGCCACAUUUAAACAUUCUUAAUCUUAAUGCAAGUGUGUAAUGUAAAAUAUGGACAAUAAAAUCCGAGUGGAAUUUGUAAAGGUGCUCACAAAUUUCAUUUGAUUUUCAGGACAACCAACAUUUUUUUUUAGAUAUAUUUCUGUAAUGUCAAACAAAAGUUUUGGCUCAGUGUGGAAGCGUCUUUCCCUUUUUAUACAAUUUCGAUAUUUUCCCAAUAAUUCUUCCUUCCCCCGUUUUCCCGACUGAAAACAUUCCAACUGAAAUAUAUUUUCUUCAUUCAUAAAAUAAUGCAAACUACUCCUGUUCAUGUUCCCUGAACUCAC